UACGAUAGAUCUUCCCUUCUGACCAAUCAAAUGCCAUUGUUCUUGAGUGCCUUGGGCACUUUUAAAAAGUGACUGAGGGGGUUGGCAUAGCGAAUUGCUUGGUUUCAGAGUGAAGGAAGAUUGAAUUGCAAACUGAAGAUGGCAAAAGGAGAAACUGGUGUGCGAUGCUUUCAGGGCUUACUAAUUGUGGGAAAUGUUGUCAUAGGGUGCUGUGGCCUCGCACUCAUGGCUGAAUGUAUAUUCUUCGUGUCUGAUCAACACACUGUAUAUCCACUGCUGGAAGCUACAGACAAUGAUGAUAUCUAUGGUGCUGCCUGGAUUGGGAUUUUCACUGGUUUCUGUUUCUUUUGUCUAUCUGUUCUUGGUAUUGUUGGUGUCAUAAAGUCAAACAGGACAAUGCUAUUAGUGUACAUCAUCCUGAUGAUGAUUGUCUUUGCCUUUGAAGUGGCCUCAAGCAUCACAGCAACAGUGCAUCGGGAUUUCCUUACAACUGAACUUUUCUUGAAGCAAAUGUUGGAAAAAUACCAGAAUCCAAACCCACUCAACAAUGAUGACAAGUGGAAGAGUGAAGGUAUUACCCGGACAUGGAAUCGUCUCAUGUUGCAGAAUGAAUGCUGUGGGGUAAAUGGUCCAAUCGACUGGCAAACAUAUACCUCCAUUUUUCGGACGGUGAACAAUGAUGCAGAUUUUCCCUGGCCACGACAGUGCUGUGUUAUGGAUCUCCUAGGAAAAGCAGUUAACUUGGAUGGCUGCAAAUUAGGGAUACCUGGCUAUUACCAUCAGACAGGCUGCUUUGAAACUAUUACUGGCCCCAUGAACAGACAUGCCUGGGGCGUUGCCUGGUUUGGAUUUGCCAUUCUGUGCUGGACUACUUGGGUCCUUCUUUGUAUGAUGUUCUACUGGAGCAGAAUUGAAUAUUAAAGAUGUAAUGGCCUCGCAAUCUGCUCUUCCUGCUUUUUUCCAUAAAUCUAUAUAGUUUUUCCCCCUCCUUCUAUUCAGUUAUGACCAUUUCUCAGAGACUACCUGGGCAAAUCCCUGCAGUUUUCUUGGCAAGGUUUUUCAGAAGUGGUUUUCUUUGCCUCUUUUUCUGGGGUUGAGAGAAAGUGAUUGGCCCAAAGUCAUCAACUGGCUUUGCAAAAAGUGGGAUUACAAUUCAUGGUCUCCAUGUUGCUAGCCUGAUGCUUUAACCAGUACAUUAAACUUGCACUUACAGUUCAUAUCUAAAUAAUUUCUCCCUGUGGAACUUCUCAAGAUGUCCCUUUAAUCUUUUCUUUAUUUCCCCCAUUGCCUUAAUUUCAGACGUAGCUAUAGUAAUCACAAGGUAGGAAACUGGACUAAUAGUCUGAUCUGUUCUGUAACAAUCAGGCCAUACUAAGACAUAGCAAUAUAUAAGAAAAUUGAGGUAGAGUGGUGCUCUCUUGUUUGUUUGCUUGCUGACAUUUCAUUAUCCAAUUAGGUAACAUCAUCUAUGCCAAUGAGUGUUGAGUUUGUUCACUGUUUAUAUACAGCAGCUUGCCUUGCCUAUAUUAGUGGAGCUCUGGUUUUCUCUUUGGUAGUUACUUUAUAACUUUUAUAUAUCAUUCAAAAGAGACAAUUAAAAAGCUAAGAAGGAAACAAAAAGACCAGAACACAUCAUCUCCAGCAUCCCAAACUCAAUAAACAUGGAUUAAUACCAGACAAACAAUGAAGCAGAAAACCAUCUGCUUCUUCAAUCAAGGAGAAAACCACAGCCCUACCAACACUGGCAGAGCAAGCUACUAUAUAUAAACAGGGAGCAAGUCCCACAGUUACACUGAUGGUGUUACCUAUUUGGCUAAUCAAACAUCUGCAAGCAAACAACCUGCAGAGAGAACACCAAGGACCUCACAAUUCAAUCCUCAGCUACAUUUAUUUUCUUUUAUUGGAAAUGGCUAUUUUAAGAACAUAAGAAAGAGUUGAACCAGUUGUUUGGAAUGAUUAUCUAGGUAUUUUGCAGUAUUUUUUGGCUACCUCUGAUUACUGGUCCUGAUUGAUUACACAUACAAUCCUCAAUUUACCAAUUUUGUUAUGAUUCCUAAGUUAUUUACAAGAGAGGAUGAUUUCUUAAAACAGACAUGUCAAACUUGCAAUGUCACAUGACAUCACGCGACCUAUCAGAGCUUUUUCCCUAUUGCCGGCAAUGGGAUGGGCGCGGUUUUGUCAUGACGCAUCCGGCCCACAGGCCGGCAGUUUGACACCUCUGUCUUAAAAGAACCAAACAUAGCAGAACAACUAUACUUGAAAACACAUUGAAUGCAAGAGAUAUCCUAACAUUUUCCUUGGAUCUUGAAUUAAAUAUAUUUUGUUAGAAUUCACCAUAAAAUCACGUUUAUUAUUUUAAUAUGAAUGACUAAUAUAUAGAUGGCCAACAAAUUAUGUGAUCAAUCUUUUGUUAACACAUCAAACUGUAAGCUUUUUUGUGAUAGUGUAUGCCUUGUACAGAGAAUUUAAGAUGCAAAUGAUUUUCCAUAAAAUGUAAGCUCCAAAAAGAAAUACUUUUCUGUAUAUUUUAAUCCUGUUCAAACCUUUAUUAAUAAACUGUUUUUGAAUAAAAUAAAGAUGGUUAAGAGAAUAGAAUUUUGUCUCACAUGUAACCCAGGUAUACUGAUUGUACAUUAUAGUGAUUGCUCUCAUGUUUUCCUAAACUGAAGAACUGGAAUAAAUGAUUUUUUUUUAAGUUAGUGGGAAACUUCA